UCGAGAAUUCAAGAACUUGAAAACAUUUUGAAGGAAAACCAACGUGGGAUGAGAGAAGAUUUUUCAGGGGUAGCAAGGAAUGAUUCCAGAGAGCCAGAAAAUGCACAGGAGAGAGGAAAAAAAAGGAGGGAGCUGUCCAUCCUCCUGAACUUGUACCAGAGCAUGGCAAACGCCCACGUGCUUGCCAAACAGACAAAUGUCCCCCUGGAACAGUUACCUUGGACAGAGCUUUGUGCACUCAUGCAUGAGAAUGUUGAAGCUCUGAUCUUGAACUUCCACAAGGCUAAUGAGAGGGUGAGUCAUCUAGAAUAUAUUUGCAAGCACCAGACUGACACUAUGAAUGACCUUCAGCAGAACCAGGAGGAUGCUUUUAAGAAAAUGUCUGAACAGUUAAAAGCACAGGAGCAUUUCUGGCAGAAAGAAAAGCAAUAUCUUGAACAGCAGUACUCAAAUCGCCUUGCAGAAAUUCAAGCCAGAGCACAGGAUUGUGAAGAAACAGAGCAGAAAAACAGGCAAAAACUGUAUGGCCUUGAACAAAUCUGCGAGCAACUGGCCCAUGAAAACAAUUCCAUGAAAAAUACAUUAUUAGAUGCUUUCAAGGCACGCUCAUCCCUGCUGGCAGCCUGUGCGCUGCUGUCAGGGGCCCUGUGUCCUCUCUAUGGCCGACUGAGCGCUAUGUCUUGCCAAAGAGACAUUCUCCAGGAACAGGUGAACCAGCACCAAUUAUUGAACCAGAAGAUCAUCAGGCUCCUUCAUGAUCUCCCUACUAUGGUGGAAAGCAACCAAGACAAAGGCAGGCUGAGGCAGAGAAGAGCCAAGCGCCUGGUUUACGUGUUCCGAAGAGCUGUGAUUGCAGUUCUGGCCGCUAACAGGCUGAGGGCUCUGGCCCGAUAUUCUUGUACCUUUUUCAUCUGGACAGGUGGCUCCAGAGGAAACAAUGGAAUUCAAGUUUGUGUGGGAGAAUCCAGAGGCAGGCAUAUGUCACGUUUUGAAGAGGAAGGAGUUGACUGUAUUGAAGCGCUUGACUGGUUGAGUAGCUCUAACCUCUAUACUGCAAUAAUCAGUUCCAUCUCAGAACUGGAGCAUGUUCUCAGCAAACAAGAUGCACACCUCUGGCUUUCUGGACACUCACUUAUCAGUGCAGCUGGGAGCUGCUUUGCAAAACUGAUGGACAACCUGAGCUUACUGAUGGAGACAGCUCAAGGGAGCAUUCGUGGGUGCAGAGCUUACCUGGAGAGGGACUCCCUGAUACAGAGGCUGGCUCGUGGGCUCCACAGAGUAAAUGCCCAGGCCCUGGAAGCUGGAUUGUAUGACAGACUGCCCAGCACAAGAAACAUAGGAAUCUUGCAGCAAGAAAUAUUUGGAUUUUCACAAAGGCUUCAUGUAUCAGAGGCAGAGUCCCACACAUUGCGCCUGCAACUUGCAGAAUGCACAUUGGCUUUCAGUGAGAUGCAAAGAGAUGCUGAAAAAGCCCAGAAACUGCAAGAGCAAUUAAAUGAACUUCAGCAUGUAUGCACAACUUGUUUCUCUUUCCAGAAAAUCAACAAAGACAAUAUACACGAGGAGUUAGAUAAUGCUUUGCAGAGUGAGCACGAGGCAAGAUUGCUUUUAGAAGAACACCAGCAACGGCUUCAGGAGCUGAGUAACAGACUGGAAUUGCUCUCAUUUACUGACACAGAUAAAAGCCAAGUCUCCAGUUUAUCUCUGAUGAACCUCCCUAACGCAACAGAGGAGCUGAGGAGAAGAAAGCAAGUCCUGGAUCACCUGAAGAGACUCCUGAAAGACAUGGAGCAGGACCGGCAGCAGCUGCAGGAGACUCUCCAGGAGGCAGAACUUGCCAUCCAACAGGGAGAAAAAGAUGAAGACUUGAUCAUGAAUCGUAUGAAAGCUGUGGAUGCUGCCCUGAAUGAGCAUGUGCUUAGAUGUUUUAUGGAUCUCUACUCACUGGCAGCUGCCAGAAUUGAAGCAUUAAGAACAGGAAGAAAAUCUGCACGGGUUCACGUUGAACCCGAAGCAGCUGUUGAGCCUCUUACUCCUGCUCCUGACGCACACUGGGGAGAGCUUAGACUCGGAACCUAUACUGUCUCUGGAACCAACACAACAUCCACUGCGACACCCUACAGAACUGUAUCUGUAACCAACAUACCCUCCAGUGUGAUACCAGGCAUUGGGUCAUCAGUGGACACAUUCAUCAACCUGAUACCAACCAGAACCAAUACUGGGCCAUCAAUGGAAAUGUCCUCCAAUGUGAGACCCAAUAGAAUGUGCAGUGUGUCUGCAGUCAACACACUCUCCAGUGCGACACCAGACAGAACAGGUUUUGGAUCAUCAAAGGACAUACACUCCCAUGGGAUAUGCGGCAGAAGUUACUAUUCGUCUGCAGCCAACAUACCCUCCAAAGUGACACCAGACUGUCCACGAUGUCCACCAAUGAUCCAAAACCUAAGUACAUGUUUUGGAUCACCAGUGGAUGUAUCCUCCCAUGGGGCACUUGGCAGAAUGUACAGAAUGUCUGCAACCGACACACUCUCCAGUGUGACACCAAGGAGAACAGGCAUUGGGUCAUCAGUGAACACAUUCAUCAAUCUGACACCAACCAGAACCAAUACUGGGUCAUCAGUGGGUGCAUCCUCCCAUAUGAUACAAAACAGAGCUCUUACCGUGUCUUCAAUCAAGACGCCCUCCAAUCUGACAGGGAACAGAACUGGUACUGGGUCUGCAGUCAACACAUCUUUUCAGGCCACACAGAACUAG